CGUGCUAAAAAGAUUAAUCAGAGACACCUAAUCACUUACUCGAGUUAACAGAAAUAGGCAGCAAGAUCAUUGUAAACAAACAGCUGUAAGAUCGUCAGCCGUAUUUGAGGUUUUGCGCUUUUUCCUAUUUCUUAUCACAAAAAUUAACAUUACUGAAAAUUGAAUUAAAAAAUUCUGAAAAAUGGCUGCAUGCUUUUCAUCACCAGGAAUUUUCAGUUUGCCUCCAAUUUUCGUACUUUCAAAAAUAUCUAAAUUGGCUCAAUGUUUAAGAGCUUGUGCAAUGCCUCAAAUUGAAGUGAAAGAAAUAGAUCUUCCAAUUUUAGAUAACUUUGGGAUUGAUUCAUCACUGACUGAAAAAUGUAAGGAUAUUCUUAAAGAUGUGGAAAUUGCUGUUUGUGAUUCUGAUAUUCUUGUGAAAUUGCACAAUUUCAUGCCGCAAUUAAAAUGGGCUCACAGUACUUGGGCUGGCAUCGAAGGUCUUUUGAAAGCGAUUCCUCAAGAGCCACCAUUUACUGUGACAAGACACAGCGGGGAUUCCUUUACCUCUCUAAUAGCCGAGUAUGUUGUUUGCCACAUUUUAAAUUCUGAAAGAAAAUCAAGAUUAUGUUGGAAAAGUCAAGAAUCCAAAGUUUGGUUGCCAAAUAAUGUUUUUUCUAAUCAUCGAUCACUAAAUGAGCUGAGUGUUGGAAUUUUAGGUGUUGGAAAUAUGGGAUCUGGCAUUGCAAGUUUUUUGAAGUCGAGGGGUACAACUGUUUAUGGUUUUGCUCGAAGACCUCGAGCUCCUGGCUCUCAGUGUUACUUUGAUGAGAUUUAUACUAAGUUAGAUGAUGUCCUUCCAAAGUGUGAUUAUUUAAUCAAUGUUCUCCCCACCACUCCCCUCACCUCUGGACUGCUAAAUAAUAGUGCAUUAGAAAAAUGUACAAAAAAACCAAUUUUCAUAAAUAUUGGCCGGGGGAGUAUUAUAUCUGAAGCUGAAUUACUAAAAGCUUUAAGAAAUGGUUGGUUAGCAGGAGCAGUACUGGAUGUUUUUGAAGAAGAACCUUUACCUGAAACCAGCGAACUGUGGGAUAUUCCAGAAGUAGUUAUAACUCCUCAUGUAUCAGCAUUGUCAAAGCCAGAACAUAUUGCUGAAGAAUUUUUUCAAAACUUGACUAGUUAUAUUGAUGGCCAUUCACUACGAAAUGUCGUAAAUUGGUCUGCUGGUUACUAAAUUUAUUGAGGUAUUCAAGGACUUUGCCCUGGACAUUUAACACUUUUGCACACCACAGACCAUGAAGCACUGAUUUCUGAAAAUAAAAGUUUUGAAAUUAUUAAAACAUGAAUUGUUACAGUUUUGAUUACUGUAAAUUAAAACCUGCUUUUUAAUGUAAAUAUCAAAAUAUAUUUUUUACGUUGUGAUUUCGAAUAAAUAUUUUAUAAUUGUUCCUA